UCAGAGAAUAGUAGAGAUUAGUGUUUCCAUUGAAAGUUUUUACUUGGUUCAGUUAUGUCAAUGUCAGAGGAUGUGAUGUGUUAUUAAUUUAAAUUAUUUGCUUGGCUCAUCAGUUAAAAAAAUAUGUGUUCUUCAAUAUUGGAUACGUUAAAUAUAAUGGUCAAGGUGAUUGGUUGACAAAUAUCUACAAAUACUGAAGUUAGCCCAGGUGAAGAAAAAAGUGUAAUUUUAAGUUAAUGAAGUUUGCAAUUGAAGCAAACCAGGACAUGGUUGUGUACUAUUCUACACUUUUGGAUCGUAUUAGGUGUACAGAGACAUACAUAAUAGAAACUGAAACGGUGACAUAAGUGCAAAGUGUGAUGUUGCGUGAUAGUGGGUUUCAUGAGACGGCCAGUGAGCCUGGUGGGAUGGAUAAUUCGGUAGUGAUGUCCCCCAUCAUUCCUGUUCCUCCAGUCAUGGCGGCUGAUGUUAGCGGAUCCGAUAAAGAUUCCAGGAUUACAGGGUCAUCAUGCAGAGCACUCCGUAAUGCAGUAUCUGGUCUCAACCGACUGGACGAUUUUGUUUUAGAAAAAAUUGGUUCUGGUUUCUUCUCUGAAGUUUUUAAGGUUACACAUAGAGUUACGGGUAAAGUUAUGGUUCUGAAGAUGAAUCAACUCCGUUCAAACAGACAUAACAUGCUCAAAGAAGUUCAGCUGAUGAAACAGCUGGAUCACAAAAACAUUUUAGGGUUUAUGGGGGUUUGUGUUCAUGCAGGCCAGCUUCAUGCACUUACGGAAUUUAUCAAUGGAGGAAGCCUAGAACAGCUGAUCCAAGCAAGGAACGUUGAGUUGACAUUCAUUGUGAGGAUGCAGCUGGCUUUGGACAUAGCCCGGGGAAUGGAGUACCUUCAUUCUCGCGACGUCUUCCAUAGAGACCUUACAUCCAAGAAUGUACUGGUCAAGAAGGAUGAAACAACAGGUGAAAUGAUGGCUGUGGUCGGGGACUUUGGGCUGGCUGCUAAAAUUCCACGGUCGGGGUACAGACUGCCGACUGUUGGCUCCCCGUAUUGGAUGUCACCGGAGUGCCUCAAAGGUCAGUGGUAUGACGAGAGCUCAGAUGUGUUCAGCUACGGCAUCAUUCUGUGCGAGAUCAUCGCUAGAAUCGAAGCCGACCCUGACUUCCUGCCUCGAACGGAAAACUUCGGUCUUGACUACCUCGCGUUUAUCGAGCUUUGUACAGACCCUCCUCCUACACCACCGGACUUCCUCAAACUAGCCUUCAGCUGUUGCAAAUUUGAGCCGAAGAACCGGCCGACAUUCACGCAGGUAGUGGCUCUGCUUCAACCCAUGAUAGAGGAGGCCAGUGCCUCCGCCAGGCCCCGUCCCCCCACCACUAGCAUAGCAGCUCGUAGUGAGGAGUUCCUUCCUGGCGCAACCCUCCCUCCCACCGCUACUACUAGCCGCAAGUUGAUUCACCGCAGGUCAUUAUCGGAAGAUGUUGGUAUGAUAGUGUUUCCGCCGCACACAGCUCCCAGUGACAAGGCCAGGUGUCACUUUGUCACAGCUCGUCCGAUGUUGAAACAUGUCGGAGAGACGAUGGCCAAGAACGACCCUCACUACAAGCCUUUCCCCUCCAAAGCCAACCCGUUUGCAACUCUCAGCCAAUUCAAGGGUGUGAAAAAAAUCCUCGCAUCAACCAACUCAACCGACUUGUUUUCAUCAUGUUUUGAACUGCCCUCUCCCUCGCCCUUCCGAACCAAGCCGUUUGAGUUAUCAGCAGGAAACAAACUAGAACCCAAAGCCCCUUUUGAAAGGGGGAAAAUCUUCGAGGAAGAAGGUAUACACGCGUUGAGGAGAGAUUCUCAAGACCAGUCUUCCGUUUUAGUCGAACCCGUUGUUAAACCUUCACAAAUAAAAUCAAAGAAAAAGUUUGAAACGAGCGAAAAAUCAAAAGAAUUGAGUCCUUUUUCCCAAAGUUCCUUGGAUGAGGAUGUUUCGACUGUGAAGACUGCGGUUUUAGGUUGUGUAAAUAAAGUGGAAUCGAGGUGCUGUGCAGUUUUAAAAAGUAAACCGCGAUCUCUACCUUCAUCUCCUACGUUCACUAGAAGAAACACGGGGUCAGUUGUUACCUCUGAACUUAUUGCUCGACUAAAUGUGAGAAGAAAUCAGGUGUUAUCAAAAUGUUCGGGGGAAGAAGAGGCAUUACACAGAGUAGUCUGUGAAGCUGCUAGGAAGCGAGCAUCCCUCUACAACCACCCUCUGUUCAAAGCACCCUCGAACACUCGUCCUUCAGAUAGUAAAACAUCCCCUACAUCGCUGCAACACCCUUUAAGAUCUUGUGCCUCAAGCAGUAACUUGGCGUGCCUCCCAGACCUUGUUUUCCCGUCCGUCUCAACCCCUGUGGUCCCUCUCCGGAGAAGAGGCUCUUGCGAGUCCGGGUUUUUCAGCAGUGUAGGAGAGGACUUUUGUCUUCCAGGUAUAGAUUUAGGUACGGCAUCAUCAGUAACACUUUCUUCCUCCUCUUCCCUGUUCCUGGACUCUGGUGCGACAGUGUCGUGCUCGCUGGAUGACAUUGCGACACCAUUGCGAGGAGUGACACUGAGGUGUGACGCAGCCUGUCACAAGCGAUCCUCCUCCAUCUACACUGACAGUUCUGAGGACAUCUCCUCACUAGGUGGCAGUGACCUGCCUAGCUGGGACGAGCGGGCUAACCAGCCACCUCAACACAUCAGCAAGAUUGUCGAGUAUUUUGAGAAGAAGCAAGGCUCCGGAGCGUCCACCAGCUCUAAGUGGGAGUCUGGUGAUCUUCCGUCACCGAGCCUCACACACCACUAUCAGUUGCGCGAGUACUACCACGCGCGACGGCAACACUCAGCACGACGCGGCGUUAACCACCGCCUCAUGAUAUGCGAGGGCGCCGUGCGCUCCAAACUGCAGCUCUUCGAUAAGAAAUGAAAGCUUUAAAUCUGUUUCACCACUAGUCGUUAAUAUUACAUUUUUUAUCCAAUUAGGUUCUUCCUCAUUGUAAAGUGUCACAUCAGCUGAUAUUUUAUUUUUAGUUUUGUGUGUUUUAUAAACAUGUCCAUCAUUAAUAGUUGUACUUUUUUUUUUUUGAUAAAAUUAAUCAAAAUUUAGAAGAUGUAUUUACAUAACAUAAUAAAUGGGAACAGGCGAUGAAAUAAAUUAUCAUAAAAGUCUCAAAAAUCACUUUGAAAGACUCAAGGUUUACCUGUCUCUGACGCUCCUGGUAGAAUAACUAACUGUGGAGAAGUAUUGGCACAAGUUUUUGUAUUACGUGAGGAUAUUAGUGCAAAUGAAGAUAGAGAUACUUGAACAAGAAGAUUACUGAACAGAGAUAGAAGAGGUGCACCUUGAAAUAAGAUAAUUAAUUGUUACUGCCUUUCUCCUUUCUUUACAUCAACCAUUAUAACAGAUGGAAACAAGUCUUCUUUGCCAGAUGAAAACAAUAAUUGUUACUUCCAAAUAUAAGCUAAUAUGACAAUUUGAUGGGUUUCAUAUGAAUACAACUUUCAAAUUAUUGCAAUUCUUAUUCUUAAAGAUAACAAAUAAGGUAGACAAAUCUGCAAAUUCAAAACACUCAACAACUUACAACAAAAUAUCAGCUAUGACAACAAGUAUUCUGAUGAUUUUUGUUCUAUUUCAAAAUGCACUAUAAUUUCAUGGGUCAGUAUUUAGUUGGAUCACACAAUUAAUUUGCUCUAGCACAACUCUUUAUUUAACUAUGCUCGUAAACCUUUACUAGUCACUUUGGAAGGUAAUGCCAUAAGCUGUGAUUUCUUUUUGUUUGUCUGUGCUAUAAAUCUGUACAAUUUUGUGUAAGGGUGACUCGUCAAUUAAUUAUCUUUGGCGUUCCAAGUUCUCAUGUAAAAAUUAAUUUGCCAUUUUAAUUGUUAACCAUAGGUAAAUAGGCUACUUAUUUCGUUAAAAGGAUUUGACCUAAGUAUUCUAAAAAAAUGUAAAUGUCACUUUCAUUCAAUAACUACAAAUACCAUGAUAUUGUUUCAAUCAAAUUUAAAAGUCACAGUAAACUGUUUGAAGUUAAGCAUAGUAAUCUAAAUUACAAAAUGUUGCCUCCAUAUAUUUUUAUUUUCUUCCUAAUGGUAAAUUUUAGUUAUAGGACACUGGUAUUGAGCUUGGGUCCACAUUGUUUUAGUUAGUAUUUGUUAAUUAUAAAUUUACCUAUUUUUAUAUAAUUUUAUUGCAAGACAAAUUAUAUUGAGCAUUUUACUUUCUACUUUUGCACAUUAUUUAUUUUGUUACUAUGUUAUAUGUUAACUAUUCUCUGUAUAUAUUGAUUUGUUGAUUGUAAAGUAUUAUGACUUAGUAUCCAAGGUUUAAGCAAGUUUUAAAACACAUAGUCUCCUGUCAAUUUUUUCUAGGUUUUUUAAAAGAUAAAAAAGAAAAGUUAUUUAAAGAUUUUUUAAAGAAAAGUGUCCGUGAAAUUGUUUGUUACCUGUUAUUUAUAUAGAAUGUAUUUUAUGCACUGAAAUCCAUCCCAUGCAUGUAUCUCUUCCAAUCGUAUUGCUCAGGAAUCGUUGUUAAUAUCAGCCUAAACUUACAUAGAAGCAAUCUUUAAGCUCAAUUCACUUGGAAAGUAUUUUUACUGUGGAAAGUAGAAAGAGUACCUGCCGUCCUAAACUUUUGUUUGUUUUUAAGUAUUUCACUUUUGUUCAGUAUGUCCCCAAUCCGUCUUCCUGCAACGCAAACAUAUGAAAUAUAUUUUGUAAGAUAUUAUUUUAGUGUAUAUAUAAUAAUGUGUUGUUUCCAAUGCUGGCUAGUAUUUUUGUGUUUGAACCAAAAACUGUAUCUAACAUUGAGUUUGUGGUUUUACCAAAUGGUAUCGAUUCUAACAUAAUUAGUUUAAUUAGUAUUAUACAACUUAAUGUUAUUAUUUUACUGUUCUAUUAUUUGGAGCUUUAGGCAAUUUUAAGUAGAGCCUCGCUAAAUCAGAAUGCCGAAAUGGUUUUGCUCGCUGAGUGUGAAGAAUUGUUUGAGAACAAUUAAUUAUUUUUCUAUCCUUAUAAUAAUGCAAUUUUUACCAAAAAUUAAUAUUUGUUUGGUGCUGUAACUAACUAAAGACCUAAUACGAAAUAAUAAAUUGUGACAUAGCUUUUAGUUUGUUUAGCAGAAGUUCAUUUUUAGGUUGGCAAAUUGUUUGAUUUAUCUUGAUUACAAACAUCCAUACUUUAGAUUGUUUUUAUUGACAGACAUUACACCAUUGAUUAUUAUUUUUUUAUAAAAAGAAUCAUCGUACCCCUUGAUUUAUUACAAAGGAUGUAUUAUGGUUUCCACAAUUCUUGUAUGUAAAAAUAAACAUUCUACUUACUCAUAUAACAUGGUCCCUACUGUUUCAAAUAAUUUGUCAAGAAGAAUUUUUAAUUCAUACCUUUUUAUCUGGAUGUUAAACUAUGCAUUUUCUGAUUUUGUGAUGGCCUACUGGGUAGCUUAUAUGUUAAGGGUGGUUUGAUAAUGUUAUUUUGUUUAUAUAGUUCCUGAUUUAUUCAAAGAUUAUACCAAAUAUAAAGUAACGGUUGUAAGAGGUAUUGAGCACAAUUCAAUAUACAGACUGCCUCGUGUAAAUGGUGUACAGAGUUUAAUAGUAUUGUAAUAUUUUUCUAGACUUUGUAUUAUAUUUUAAUCUAGUCAGUCAGUAAAUUUUGUUGUACAGUUGGUACUAUCAAAAGAUGCAUUGCUAAUCGCAUUUAAUGUGGAAUUGAAAUGGUUUUCUCAUUAUUAAAUGAAUAAUUUAUAAAAUUAA